AAUGAUCUUUACAACAGGUGCUGAUGCAAGCGACGAAAUGUCAUCUGGGCCAUUGUUUGCAAAUUAAUCAUCAACAAAAAACCAGAUUAGAUCCUCAAAAAUGGCCCUUUCUAACGUCCUGCUACUCUCCCAAAUAGCCGGAAAUGCUGUUGCUUUUGUCCUGUCUCUCUGUAUCCUCGUCCCAUUGAGUCUUCAUGUUACGGAAUUCAACGGAAAAUGCCUGCUGUUCGCCCACGGGCAGUGGGGUGAGGAUGAUGGGCUCUUCAAUGUCACAUGGCCAUCACAGAUGAAUUGCAGCUUCCCCAUAAUUACGGCAGUUGUCAUCCUGAUGAUUUCCAUGAUACAAAUCUAUCGUUUUGUCCGACUCUCCGUGAAGCAGGAGGAAGCCUCCUUCCUCGGGCUCUUCCUCGAUGUCUUCUUUGGCUUCCUGCUGUGCCUCAUGACCAUUGUCUCGGCCAUGAUCAUCACAAUGGGCUUCAUGGAUUGGUGCUCUGACAUCACACUGCGCUUCCCAUCGUGCGAAAUUGCCGCUGGGCAGAAUAUCAUCAAGGAAGACCAGAAAAUUGACACAUCCGGCUUCUACGUGCAAAUGGGAACAGCCCAAUUUGGCGCGUGGGGCGCUUUUGCCACGUGCGUCGUCAUUUCCGUGGCGGCACUGCUGAAGCUCAUUAAUAAUCACGAAAUGACCAACAUGCGUGUCUCGAUGUACCUCGAAAGGCAGCGCCUGGUCAAUGAGGACGCCUCCCGGGAUAGUCUCGAUACUCCCGGAGAUUUUUCUCAUUAAUUCCCUCCCUCUCCCAAAACGAAUUUAUCAGAACUUUCUUUCGUUUCCUGUGCGCUCUGUGAAAAUUGUGAUUCCUCCAGUUCUGAAUUUUAUUAUCACACAAAAAAAAAUCAUUUUGGGAGGAUUUUAAGGUGUUGAAAUCCUUAAAAUUCUCUCCUCAAAUUUAUUAAUUAAAUCUUAAGUAUAUUAUAUAAGCGAUAAAGUAUCGCAAUAAAGAUUAUUAAUUCUAUUAAGAUUAAA